GUACAGCUGUUUGAUCAGAAACAACUAUAACAAGAGAGGUAGAGAAUGAGGCCACAGGAAGUUCUGCUUCCAAAGGUAUAAUAGAGGUCUAUUGAACAUACUGAGAUUUCUUCCCACAGCAUGAAUGCCCAGUGGAAUCCUGGCCAGAAGAAUGAUGUGGGGAAACUGGACAACUGUCAAUGAGUUUGUUCUUGUCAGUUUCUCGGCCUUGUCUUCUGAGCUACAAGCUCUACUAUCUCUCCUUUUCUUGACCAUUUACAUCAUUACCCUAAUGGGCAAUGUCCUUAUCAUACUGGUCACUACAACUGACUCUGCACUACAAAGUCCUAUGUACUUCUUCCUCAGGAACUUGUCCUUCCUGGAGAUAGGUUUCAACUUGGUCAUUGUGCCCAAGAUGCUGGGGACACUGAUCAUCCAAGACACAACCAUCUCCUUCCUUGGCUGUGCCACUCAGAUGUAUUUCUUCUUCUUCUUUGGGGCUGCUGAAUGCUGCCUCCUGGCCACAAUGGCAUAUGACCGCUAUGUGGCCAUCUGUGACCCUUUGCGUUACCCAGUCAUCAUGGGUCACAGGGCCUGUGCCCAGCUGGCAGCUGCAUCCUGGUUCUCAGGGUUUCCAGUGGCCACUGUGCAAACCACAUGGAUUUUCAGCUUCCCUUUUUGUGGCCCCAACAAGGUGAACCACUUCUUCUGUGACAGCCCCCCUGUCAUUGCCCUGGUCUGUGCUGAUACUUCACUGUUUGAACUGGAGGCUCUGACAGCCACUGUUCUUUUCAUCCUCUUCCCUUUCUUGCUGAUCCUGGGAUCCUAUGUUCGUAUCCUCUCCACUAUCUUCAGGAUGCCCUCAGCUGAAGGGAAACGCAAGGCCUUCUCCACCUGUUCCUCCCACCUCCUGGUUGUCUCCCUUUUCUACAGCACUGCCAUCCUCACAUACUUCCGACCCAGGUCCAACACCUCUCCUGAGAACAAGAAGCUGCUGUCACUAUCCUACACAGUGGUUACUCCUAUGUUGAACCCCAUCAUUUACAGCUUAAGGAAUAGUGAAGUGAAGGCUGCACUGAAACGGGUCAUCCAUAGGACCCUGGGCCCACAGAAACUAUGACUGACUUAGAAGGAAACUGAAAGGGUAGAAUGCAAGGAAAAAGGAAAAAAAACAAAUUCCUCAUUUGGGUUUUUGGACUCCACUCUUUCCAGGAUCCUCUGUACACUCACUGGGAUUUUCAGCUUUCCACUGGGAUCCAUUUCUGAAAACAACAUGAGUGAUGAAAGAAAGAACUGCAUUCAGUAGGAAUAGCAUCCUAUGGGACUGUGGUACCAAAGUCUCUGAAGAUGCCACUAAUUUACACAAAUUAGAUGACAUUUGAAAGUUGGGAACUUCACUAUGAUUUGCUGUUUUUUGUUUUAACUUUUUCUGGAUUGUCAUCUAUAUCAUUUCAUAAUUUUCUCCUUUCUUCUCUUCUAUUUGUCCAAAAACUCUACAAGCAACUUUUAUGGAUCUUUUUCUUUACAUGGUAAAGUAAAGAU